GUGCAUCUCUCCUCAAACGCGAUGCAGGUCCCAACUGUCACUCUAGAAGAUCUCCAAGCCUUUCAAGCAGCUCACUUCCCUGGCCACCACCAACCUCUGCACGCGCCUGCCGCAGAACCUGUCGUCGAAGACGAGCUCUACGCCGACGAAGAUGAUCUCGGUUAUUAUCCCGACGGUGUGAAGCGUACCUUGACAGACGAACAAAUCCGCAUCUUCAGACACAGCGAGAUCCACGCCCUGCUGCGCAAGAGACAGUUGGAGCAGGAUGAGGCAGAGUAUGAAGCCCGAGCUCGGAAGCUCUCUAUCGAUGAUGCAGCGGAUCCUGCGGUAGAGACUCGCCAGGAAGAGCUGGUCCCUGAUGAGGGAAACUUGAAUGAUGAGAAAAACGCGCACCACACAGCUCAUGGCCAGGAUCAGGGCCGUCGUCGUUCCUCAGGCGGAGCCAAGUCGAAGAAAAGGGGUUAUCGCCAAAUGCAUAAUGAGCCGGAGCAGACUCUUGAUUAUGAAGAUGUCGAGCAGGGCCAAGCUCCAAGCGCACGUCCGACUGACCCGCGCGCACCGUAUCCUGGACGGAGAAUCAUUUCUUAUGAGGAUUGAAGGGUGCUUCAAUCAGAAAUGAGUUUGGCCAAGGUGCCCGGUGAUAGUGCACUCUUGUGUCGGAAAAACUUCCAAGCGUCUGACAAUACCUUCCCAGGUGCCUCGUACAUAAAAUUUGGCUCCUCAUCCAAGACACAGGCUCCAAGUUUGGCGACGUGGUAUUACUCCAACGUGAGCGCGUUGUAGCCACUUCUAUAUUGCCUAGUCUAGGUCGCAUGAUAUCGAUCUAGAACUGUUUAUCAGAUCAUCGAGUCGCCGUUUCCAGCGCGAGCUCGAAUCCUCCCACGCUCCGUCCAAAUGCUUUUGUUCGGGCGCUUCGUGAUCGAUGACCAGGGCCACCAUCGCCCAGUGAUCAGGAAGAUCAUUUCCGUCCCAUUGGGCGUACAGAAUUUACACCCUCCUCACUGCAGUUCUCGAGAGCCAGGAGCUAUCUUAUCACCUACAUUAUCAAAAGGAAGUUGUUUGAGAAUAAAUAACGAAUAUCAAAUUAAAGCCUCGGUAUAUUUAUAGAUGAAAAUGCUUUUCACAAGAAACCCUUCUGACCCACAACGCCGCAGUAAAUGCUAAUUAGUGCGUAAAAUAGACAGUAAAUGAUGGUACCUCAUCAACAUCAAGCAUUAUUUGCACACGAGAAGCUCGCGCUGCUGGGAUUAUCGUGAAUAGCCUUUCCAGACACCCAAAG